AUGCGUCUUCUACCACGAAGGCUUGGGAAAGCCCAACCAAAUCUCCUCAUAUUUUUCUUUCUUUUUCUGAUUGCUAUUGCUGGUGUCUCUGCGGAGCCAGCGGAUGCCACUACCGACGCCCAGACCACCGACGAUCGCUCCACCACUGAUAGCACCCCUAGCGUGACCGAUACCACCACUACAUCAACGUCUCAAUCCACAUCUUCUACCUCGAAGUCGACCACUUCAAGCACAACAUCGUCCUCGUCGUCGUCGACGACGACAUCCACUACCAUGGACUCGACCAGUACAACGUCGACGACAUCCUCUACUACCUCCUCUACCACCUCCGGCAGUACCACAACAUCAUCCGUUUCCACAACAACGACAUCAACAUCAUCGUCGGCCACCUCCACCACGAAUGUGAUUGUCACUGUUCCCCCCACUGCUGGAGCCCCUUACCUGCAGACAUCAAAUACACCAGAGGGAACGGUUUUCAUUGUCGUUGGUGCCAUCUUGGGCUUUAUUGGACUGGCCAUUCUAGCCUGGCGGGGAAUAGUGGCAUGGUCAGUGAAUCGCUCAGUACGACGUGCAGCUAUGGCACAAUCUGCGGAAUCAAAACGCCUGCUACGUGGUAGUCGAAAGAAGCGAUCCCCAAGUCACCCGACUGCGCCUGCCAUGGACGUUUCCCUCGACAAGCUCGGCACAGCAACUCGUGCUAGCUAUAAGCCCUCUCGACGAGGCCCUAGCGAUGGCAGCGGGUUAUUCUACUCGCCAACUGCUGGCGGUGGCGCUGCUGGAUCGCAUAAUAGUUUGAACAGCGGCCAAGGCAACCGUAACUCGAGUUAUCUUCCUGCCGGCUUCUAUCCUACGCCUGGUAGCUCUACGCCGGUUCGAGAACAAGGCAGCCAUCAUGCGGCUCCCGGAUACCCUCCCAGCUCUCCGUCCCUGCCACCUACGGGUGCCUACCAUGAGCCAUCUCAUAACUCACGGCACUCGUACAUGGGUGCGUCGAAUAGCUCUUUGAACUUGAGCCAGGCUCCUGGGGGCCGCGCACCAAGUGCAUACUUGGAGGACUUGUUCGAACAUCAUUCGUCGCCUCGAGAUAGUGAUCCUGGUCGUAGGUAA